AUGAAUCCAUCUACUGCUCACUAUCUCAUAGCUGCACCAUUCCUUCUUCGAAACAUGGUCAAGUCAGCGAUGGCACAUGUUGCAUUCAACGAACCAGACACGGAUAUGUCCGGCUUCUAUAAAGUUCACAAUGCGCCGAAACCUGCGCCAUACGUCGUGUCAGGAUCUAUGUCCGGAUCAACGUACAAGAGUAGUGGUCCCCGUUCGAAAAUGUAUGACAUCAUCUCCAAGCAAAGGGUUGCGGACGAUGAACAGUGCUGUGCCACAGCAUCAGGCUUUUCUCAGUAUCUAACAGGAGAAGAGUGGGCGUUGGGAUAUCACAAGGCUGUUGCCAAUGCCUACGUCUUAGAACUGGACCCUGACCCCUCUUGUAAGAGAGAGAAGAACGCACUGACAUCUCCGUUGAUGUCGUUCGUCAUUGAAAUAGGACAGAAAUGUGAAUGGUAA